AUGAAUCUUUCAGGCAUGCAGAGGGCUCGAAAUAAAGUUAAUGCUCGCAGUGGAAGGGAGCAGAUCUUUGUCAUUGACGACUACCGUUCAAUGGAACCGUACAAGACAGAGGUUGCCAUGACUGCCCGAGUCAUUAGCUAUACUGUCAAAGUAUCGGACAAAAACGGGAUGGAUCUCUAUUUUACUUCCGAUUCAGUCAAGCAUCAAAGUUCAGAGAACAGCUCAUAUAUCGAGGACAGUAUCAAAAACAAGCGGACAGUCAGUGGAUUCUGCGACAUGAAGAAAUGUCUUAAAGACGUUAUGGAAGUGGUGGAAGAUUCAGGAAUGAAGCCGACAAGCAUCUAUAUUUUCACCGAUGGAUUUUGGGAUCCAGAACAUGAUCCUGAAGUUGAUGAAGUUAUUCGCGAUUCCAUCGAACUCUUGGUUAAGAACGGAAAGGAGCCAGAAGAUCUUAUGUUUCAAUUCAUUCAGUUCGGCGACAACAACACAGGAUACUCACACUUGAAGUAUCUUGACGAUGGCUGCACAGUGAUGAAAAAAGGCGUGAAGUAUGACAUUGUCGAUACGAAGCACUGGAAAGACCAUGUUCCACGAAUUAUCAUCGGCAGUCUUGAUCGCCAUAAUGACGAUGACUGA